CGCUACGUGAGGCGCUCCUGUCAUUUGUCAUCAUCGGUCGUGCUCACCGGUUGUUGGAGGAAAACUUCGAGUCAUUCUGCGCUAGUUAUACAGAAUUCAGAGCUAAAUUAUUGGAUUAUUUUCGAGAAGAGUGUAGAACAAGUCGUCAUCAAGAUGAGUAUUAUGUCCUACAAUGGUGGUGCGAUGGUGGCUAUGAAGGGUGAUCAAUGCGUAGCAAUUGCCACCGACAAACGCCUUGGAAUCCAGGCUCAAACCGUUGCAUUAGACUUUAAAAAAGUGUUUGAGAUGGGCCCCCAUUUGUAUGUGGGUCUGCCUGGUCUUGCCACCGACACACUCACAGUCAUGGAAAAGUUGCGUUUUCGCAAGAAUCUUUAUGAGUUACGCGAAAACCGUCAGAUAACGCCUAAGGUGUUUAGUUCAAUGGUGUCCAACAUGCUCUAUGAGAAGCGCUUUGGGCCGUUUUUCGUGGAACCAAUUGUUGCCGGCUUGGACCCACACACUUAUAAGCCAUUCGUGUGUAAUAUGGACUUGAUCGGCUGCAUCAACGAACCGGAGGACUUUGUCGUCGGCGGGACAGCGUCCCAGCAGUUGUAUGGAAUGUGUGAGGCACUCUGGGAGCCAAAUAUGGGACCAGAGGAACUGUUUGAGACCAUUUCACAAGCACUCAUGAACGCGUUCGAUAGGGAUGCUGGCUCAGGUUGGGGCGCAACCGUUUAUAUAAUAGAGAAGAACAAGAUGACGGUAAAAGAAUUGAAGACACGUAUGGAUUAAGCAAAUACUUUACACAUUAUUACUUAUAAGUGAUACUUUUCUCUUUUUAUAAUAAAUUUGGUUGGAAGGUGGAA